AUGAAGCUGGUCGUCUACUUCGUUCUUGCCCAAGCGCUGGCCGCCGUCGCCGCGCCGGCUGACAGCACUCUCCCAGCUCCUCCCAGCGGCACUGGCACUUUGCCUCCCCCCAGCGGCACUCCUCCAGGACCUCCUCCGUCAGGAGCCCUGUUCUCCGGUCCUCCUCCCUCGGGAACCCCUCCUCCCCUGCCCACCGACGCCACCGGGGCCAACGUCAAGAGGGCAGACGAGAGCAGCCCCCCCUCCCCCCGGUGGAACGCCCUCGGGACCUCCUCCAUCUGGAGUCUUCUCUGGCCCACCGCCGUCCGGCACUCCUCCUCUGCCACGGACGCUGCGGUGAACGAGAAGCGAGCAGACGAGUCCAGCGCCCCACCACCGCCUCCAUCCGGCGCCCCAUCCAGCCCUCCCCUGUCCGGAACCGGCCCGGCCGGCCCACCUCCAUCCGGAGCCCCUCAGUCAGGAGCGCCCCCAUCGGGCACCCCGCCAUCCGGAACACCGCCCUCGGGAACGCCCCCGGCUGAGACUGACGCUGCCGCCAACGUGAAGCGUGCCGAUGCUACCACCGAGCCCCCAUCGCCUCCCUCUGGCACGCCUCCCUCUGGAACAUCACCCUCUGGCGCGCCCCCUUCAGGAGCUCCUCCCUCAGGCACGCCGCCCUCCGGAGCCCCUCCAACUGAGACCGGUGCCGGCGAGAACGAGAAGCGCGCUGAUGCCACCACCGAGCCUCCAUCUCCUCCCUCCGGAACACCCCCAGCUGGUACUCCUCCCUCCGGUACUCCUCCUUCCGGUACUCCCCCAUCUGGAAUUCCCCCUGCUGGUGGCCCCGAGCAGUCCGGCGCCCCCGCAGCCAAAAACAAGCUCGCCGACUCCGAUGCCGACGCCGCCACCGUGCUCCCUCCCUCCGGCACCCCUCCCUCCGGCCCUAAGCCCAGCGGCCCUCCUCCAAGCGGUGCCCCUAGCGGCGCCCCUCCCAGCGGCACCCCUCCGGCGCUGCCCACCGACGUCCCCACGACCCUGCAGAAGGUCCGCCGCGCCGACGAGACCAGCCCGACUCCUCCCCCUACCAGCACCGAGGGCGUCCCGCCUGCCAGCGAGAACCGGCUCCCGCCUGCUGAUGGGGAGAAGUCUGGAUCUGGGUCUGAUGCUCCUUGUUCUUAA